AUAAUACCCGGCCCCUGAACCAUCACAUUAAGCGUUAGCCUGCAGCAACCCGGACAAUGGUCCCAUCUCUUAGCUCGGCCGGUCCACUUGACAUGCAUAGUUUGCUUUCCACUGGUCCGGCCGCCAUAAAAAAGAGGGACCUCUCAUUAAUAUUCCAAUAUAGAAACAAAGUUUUGCUGAAAGAAGAAAAUAAAUAGACAACUGUUUAACAUUUGCUACUAUUUCCUUUUCCUUAGCUGUCAAUCCCUCUUAAAAAAAAAAAAAAAAGUGGCUUUAUCGUAGUUUCUUCGAAACUCAAGGGCAUAUACAGUUCUGCCACCUUCCAAUAUAUAGACCCAAAAGAAGUCAAUUGCCCUUGCUCAUCGGAGUUUUACUGCUACUAGUACACUCCAAUCCCAAUACGCAACAGUAGCGGUACCGGAAAAUGUGCUCCACUAAGCAAAAACAGAAACAAAAUCUCCACCGGCAGCGCUCCGCCGUGCCUGUCUCUACCUCCGCCGUUGGCGGCGGCGAUGGAGGGAACUGGAGGGAAGAAUCCAUAACCGGCGGAUCACUGAAGCAUGUGGAUUUGGACACCGGAAAAAACGGCUGGGCAUCACCGCCGGGAGACUUAUUCAACCUGCGAGGUCCAAACUACUUCACGAAAAAAGCGAAAGUACCUUCAGGCGCGUGGCUCCUACAGCCCGCCGGCGUCGAUUGGCUCCGAUCCAACUCCAAGCUCGACCACGUCCUCGCUCGUCACGACAAUCGCGUGAUGCACGCGCUACGGAAAUCUCACUCCCAAGGCAAGUCUCUCAAAACCUUCAUACUCGCCGUGAAUCUCCAAGUCCCAGGGCGUGACCACCACAGCGCCGUCUUCUACUUCUCCACAAACGACGAUGAGCCGCUCGAACCGGGUUCGCUCCUCUACCGGUUCGUCAACGGCGAUGACGCGUACCGUAACAGCCGGUUCAAAAUCGUUAACCGCAUCGUGAAAGGACCGUGGAUCGUGAAAGCUGCAGUUGGGAAUUACUCGGCUUGUAUACUCGGAAAAGCGUUGAAUUGCUACUAUCACAGAGGCCCUAAUUACUUUGAAAUCGACGUGGAUAUCGGAAGCUCGGCGAUUGCGAACGCGAUUUUGCACUUGGCAUUAGGGUACGUAACGUCGGUGACGAUCGACAUGGGGUUUUGUGUGGAGUCGCAGACGGAGGAGGAGUUGCCGGAGAAGUUGUUUGGGGCGGUAAGGGUUUGUCAAAUGGAGAUGAGCUCAGCUACCUUUGUUGAUACGACAUCGUCCAGGAAGGUAUUACCCGCUACUGCUAAUUUACAUAAUCCUAUCGGUAGUAGCAGAGUCCAAGCUGAGGAGAACGGUGAAAAUGAAGAGGAUUAAAGAAAUAUUUAUUUUUAUUUUUAUAUUCUCUAAUUUUGAAGGAAAUUGUUGGUGGAAUCCAUGUAGAUAGAUGUCUAAUUUUAAGCUUAAGCUUUUUUGUCUAAUAAAAGUUCCUUUCUUCCACUCAUUUACUUUGUUUUCUUUGUAUAUUAUUUCAGUUUCUAAGCU